CUACUACUUGUCAAGUGCAGAUUUACAGACUGUGGGCUAGUACUGAAAUGGCAACAGGAAGCAAACACCAGACUUCAAAUGGCAGAAAUGCAUGGGAUGUAAAUACCAAACUAGCAGCAGGAAUAAUAAAUGGAGGAUUUGCCGAUUUGGUGAAACACAUGUAAAUUCACUCCUGGCUGCUUUAAACAUACCCAGCGUUGCUCAAAUAACUCUGAAGAAUAGAAGAAGAGAGGUCAGGCAACAAUUUGGACAAAUGGCAGGGGAAACUUGUAAUGAAAGUCUGCAGGAGGAGAUGAGAUUGAGUGAAGGGAGUCUGGCAGUUAUAUCUGAUGGUGCUUGGCAGAUUCGGGGUACCGGGAGAGCUUAUAAUAGUCUUACAGGACUUGCCUCUCUGUUGGAGAAAAAUCGAAGAAAAUAGUCGGUUUUUCAGUAAUGGGAAAAAAAGUAUGGUAUUUGCAGCUGCCAAAUUAAAGAGUAAUCCUCCCAGGCAACACAAGUGCUGUAAGAACUCAACUGGAUCGGCGAAGGCUAUGGAGCCUCAGCCUGCCAUGGCCUGUGAGAUGUUGGAGAAGAUCAAGGAUGUAGGGGGAAAGGUAGAUACUGUGAUUAUGGACAACGACUCAACUACUAUGGCAAGAGUAAAAGAUAAUGUUGAUCCCAAUACGAGCAAAAGAUCCAACAGUAAUCACACGAAGAAGGGAUUUACGGGUGCAUUAGUAGAACUGAGCAGCAAGCAUAAAGUUUUAAGUUGUAACAUAACUUUAUCUAUGUCCUAUGCUGGUAUUACUGAAUUAAAAGCAGUAUUAAAUUGUUUGUAUUUGAGUGCAUGCCUGAAAAGAAGAAUGUUACAUUGGUUUAGCCAUAUUUGUACAUGUACGGACAUGUUUCAUUUAUUGAUGAGUUAUCAAAAAAUGCAUUUAAAUGAUUUUUUUUUAGACAAAUUUACUUGUUAUGUUUUAUAAUGCAUGAAAAUGAUAUUUGAGUGUGAUUUUUCUUUCAAAUAUAUUUGUUACUGGUAUUUUUGAGUUGAAUUUGUUUGAUCGGCAAGGGGGUAUACAUGAUCUAGAAGGUGUAGAAAAAUAAAAAGCCUGAAAAGUACUAAUUUUUUUUGGAUUUUUAGUUGCAACAGAUAUAAAUCUAGUAUUUUAAAUGAAAAAAGAAUGUGUUUAUCCAUUACUUUAUGAAAAAAAUUGUAAAA